AUGAUAUUCGUCGAGUGGCUUGGUGGCAUGCUUGUUGGUCUGUCGUUCUUUCGCAUUGGGUACGAAACACCCACCGAGGCGAAUGGCCGGCUUUCCACUCUUAUGUUAAUCAUGAUAGUUGUUUGCUUCUGGUCGUGUCAGUUUGCUGCCGGGUUCUACUUUUUAUAUGAUAAGGUUUACAGCAAAGAACGAGAUACCGCAAUGUACCGCGUGGGUACACACUUCAUUACGUCUGCACUUUUACAGGAACUUUCCGACAUGCUGCUGCCAAUAGUCGCUUUAACGCCUAUUUACUUCUUGACAAACAUGUGGGUGGAGGUCAGUGCCUUUAGUUGCACUCUUGGCGUUCGUACGGAAUUAAUGAAGAAUCAGCAGUCAGCAACGUCUGGUAUAGAUUCUACAAAGGCUGAUAUAGAGAGUGCCUUAGAAGCCCAAAGCCCUGUGUGCAACUAUAUUGAAACCGUGCAACUUUGA